AUGGCAACUAUUGGAAAUCUGACAGCGUUUGACUCAAAAAGCCAGAUCUGGGAUGAAUACUGUGAAGUUUUGGAACAAUUUUUCAUUGCAAACGGCAUCUCUGAGGAGGAAAAGAAACGGGCCAUCCUUAUAAGUGUAGUAGGUGCGGCUACGUACAGUUUAAUGAGAAAUCUCCUAAGUCCUGUGAAACCCAGUGAGAAAUCAUAUGCUGAGCUGGUGAGUCUCCUAAAAAAUCAUUUCAAUCCAAGACCCAGUGAAAUAGUGCAAAGGUUUAAGUUUGAUUCCCGCACAAGAAAAGCCACAGAGACAGUGACUGAAUUUGUAGCAGAACUGAGACGUCUGGCACAAGAUUGUAAUUAUGGAGAGACUUUGGAGCAAAUGUUAAGAGACAGGCUAGUGUGUGGCAUUAAUGAUGAUCGAAUUCAGAGGAGGCUUUUAUCUGAAACAAACUUGACUUUUGAAAAAGCAUGGCAGAUGGCACUGGCUGUAGAGGCUGCUAGUAAAAAUGCCCAAGAUUUACAAGGAAAGCAAGCGGACACCACCUGUAAUGCCAUACAAGUAAAAAGCAGAGCAUCUGAAAUAAAAAAGUCUGAAGGGAGAGUUAUGAAUGAAUGUUAUAGAUGUAAAGGAAAGUCACAUGCUGCCACAGAAUGCCGGUUUAAACAAGAAAAGUGUCACGUGUGUGGAAAAAUAGGCCACAUUGCAAGAGCAUGUCGGAACCGGAAGACAAAGCAACCCGGAGACAAAAAGGAUUGGAGUUAUGGGAAUUCUCGAACAGGUAGAUCUCAUAAAGUUAGUGAUGAGGAGGAUACAACAGAAGCAGAUGAACAAGCGUUUUCAUUGUACAGCGUGGAAAGCACAGGCAUGAAGAAAGUGAAGCCAUUCCAAGUAGAAAUGAAAAUUCAGGGUCAUCCCGUAAGUUUUGAGUUGGACACAGGCAGUAGUGUCACGAUCAUGAAUGAAUCAAACUUCAGGGCAGUUUGUAAGACGGAACCUCAGCACAAGUUAGCACCCACGGACUUACUCUUAAAAACAUAUACAGGGGAGCAAAUUAGCAUAGCUGGAAUAGCUCAGGUUAAGGUUGCUUACCAUAAACAAAUAAAAACCCUGCCUUUAGUAGUAGUAAAGGGUACAGGUCCAAAUCUGUUAGGCCGAGGCUGGCUGGAAGACAUAAAGUUAAACUGGGCAGGGUUGAACUACACCAAAAGUGAUGAGAUAAGCCUGCAAAAAGUGCUACAGAAACAUGCUGAUGUGUUCCGGGAGGAGUUAGGAACACUGAAGGGCACCAAAGCUGUUGUCCAUGUGGCUGCCAAUGCCACUCCUCGCUUCUACAGACCCCGUGUUGUUCCUUAUGCUAUGAGAGUGAAAUUAGAGCGAGAAAUAGAUAGGCUAUUAAAGGAGAAUAUUAUCACUCCAGUCAAGUAUGCUGAAUGGGCCGCUCCCGUGGUUCCAAUACUAAAGCCUGAUGGCACCAUUAGAUUGUGUGGGGAUUAUAAAAUGACUGUAAAUCAGGUAGCAUCACUUGAGCAGUAUCCAAUCCCUAAAGUGGAAGAUUUGUUUGCAGUGCUAUCAGGAGGAGAGAAAUUUUCAAAACUAGAUAUGAGUCAUGCCUAUCAACAAGUCACUUUAGAUGAGGAAUCGAAAAAAUUGGUAACCAUAAACACUCACAAAGGCUUGUAUACUUACAAUCGAUUGCCUUUUGGAGUUUCUUCAGCACCUGCUAUUUUUCAGAGGACCAUGGAAAAUUUGCUGCAAGGUGUGCCUCGUGUAGCAGUCUAUUUGGAUGACAUUUUAGUCACUGGAGUAAAUGACGAUGAACAUUUGAAGAAUCUAGCAGAAGUGCUGAGGCGUCUGGAAGAGGCAGGAUUGCGUUUAAAAAGAAACAAAUGUGCUUUUAUGGAAUCAGAAGUUCAGUAUUUAGGCCAUAUUGUAGAUGCACGGGGGUUGCAACCCAUGGAGGCAAAAAUCCAGGCCUUGGAGGAAGCACCUGCACCGUCUAAUGUGACAGAAUUGAAAGCAUAUUUAGGUUUGCUGAACUAUUAUAGUAAGUUCCUACCUAAUCUGGCUACACUGCUAAAUCCCUUGUACCAGCUGCUGAGAAAGGACAUACCAUGGUCAUGGCUAAAGCCACAAGAAGAAGCUUUUCAGAAAUCCAAGCAUUUGCUUAGGUCAGCGGAUGUGCUUGUUCAUUAUUCAGUAGACAAGGAGCUCAUACUCUCAUGUGAUGCUUCGCCUUAUGGCGUAGGAGCGGUGUUAUCACAUAAAAUGGAGGAUGGCAGUGAAAGACCAGUGGGGUUCAUGUCCCGCACAUUGACGUCAGCUGAACGACGAUAUUCUCAGUUAGACAAGGAAGGUCUUGCUGUCAUUUUCGGAAUUCAAAGGUUCCAUAAAUACCUCUAUGGACGAGUAUUUACAAUAUAUACAGACCAUCAGCCACUAAUUACACUUUUCAGUGAAAGGAAACAAGUUCCACAGAUGGUUUCUCCCCGUGUUCAAAGAUGGGCUGUGAUGUUGAGAGCUUAUGAAUAUAAAAUUUAUUACAAACCAGGAAAACAACAUGCCAACGCGGAUGCACUAAGCAGAUUGCCAGUGCCUGGGAAGGAUGAGAGCCCUGAGUUGGCUGAACAAGUGUUGAUGUUAGACUUGUUAGAUACUGGACCACUGACCGCUGAACAACUCAAAAAGUGGACAGCAAAAGAUUCAACACUAUUGCAAGUUCGAGAGUAUGUGUUGAAAGGUUGGCCUUCCACGACGGAUCCAGCAUUACGACCAUACCACACAAGACAUCUACAGAUGAGUGUUCGGGACGGUUGUCUGUUAUGGGGGGCUAGAGUAGUAAUUCCGCCCCAAGGCAGAAAAGUCAUACUGAAGCAGUUACAUCAGACGCACGCAGGGAUGUCUAGGAUGAAGGGCCUGGCCAGGUCAUAUGUGUGGUGGCCUGGAAUGGACAAUGACGUUGAAAAUGAAGUAAGAGCAUGUGUCGAAUGCCAAAAGAAUGCAAAGUCACCAGCAAGUGCUCCUUUACACCCGUGGGAAUGGCCUGAGAAACCAUGGUCCAGAUUGCAUGCAGAUUAUGCAGGUCCCUUCCUAGGAAAAAUGUUUUUGGUACUGGUGGACGCACAUUCAAAAUGGAUAGAGGCGUAUGCCAUGAAUUCAUCCACUGCUGUAGCCACUAUUGAAAAACUGAGACAGAGCUUCAGUACACAUGGGUUACCUGAAUGUUUGGUCACAGACAAUGGAACAAACUUCACAAGCGCAGAGUUUUCAGAAUUCAUGAAACAGAAUGGCAUUCGUCAUUUAACAUCAGCUCCUUUUCACCCUUCGUCAAAUGGACUAGCCGAAAGAGCGGUACAAACGUUGAAGGAGGGGUUAAGGAAAAUGGCUGGAGGAACAAUUGAAACAAAACUGGCUAGAGUCUUGUUUAAUUACAGAAUCACUCCACAUACAACAACAGGCCAUUCUCCAGCUGAAUUAUUAAUGUCACGAAAGUUGAGAUCUACUUUUGACUUGCUUGUACCAGAUCUAAAGGCAAAAGUGCAGCUUAAACAAUGGAAACAAAAACAAGUCCAUGAUAGGGGCACUAAAAUGCGAACAUUCCAACCAGGAGAUGAGGUGAUGGUUCAGAACUACAGUUAUGGGUCUAAAUGGGUCCCUGCCACUGUGCAUACUUGCACAGGUCCUGUGUCUUACACAGUCGUCACAGUAAAUGGACAAAUUUGGCGUAGACAUGUAGAUCAAAUAAGAGCUAGAAUCCAAGAGCCUAUGCACCUGGAACUUGAAGACACCCUGGAGGAAAACGUUAAGGUACCAGAGGCUUGUGCCAGGGAACAUCCGACUCCCUCAACCUUACUGGAAAUUCCUACACCAGUAACGAGAGACACUAUAACUGAAAAAACUAUGUUAGAGCCUUCUACCAGUCCUCUACAAAAGGAUGUUACACAAGAGUUUCAGACACUGAGGCGCUCUAACAGCGAGAGACGUUUCCCAGCACACAUGAAAGACUAUGUGAAAUAUAUAUAA